AUGUGUUGCCAUAAAGGUCAUGUCUUAUGUAGAGAGUGUAUCGUCGAAUGUUUCCUCGCGCAGAAGAAAGAUAUCCAGAGGAGGCUUGCUGCACAUGCAUCUCAAAAGAAUCAAGACAAGGACGAAGAAGAAGAAAAGCUAAUGUUACAAAAGGCAAGAGAGCUCGAUGAGUUUGAUCAGCAAAACCAUGGUGCAUUGCCUCGAUACAGUGACAAGAGCCAAAGCCAGGACAAGAAUGCUACACCAGGAGCUUCGGUCAGAGUGCAAGAUCCGGAAACUCACACUGUCUGUCCAGAGGGGAAAGAGAAGCUCAAGCUUAAGAACCUCUUUGCUAUCCGUUUCACAGAAGACAACAGCGAAGAAGAGAAGAAGACAACAUCGUCAUCUUCAAGCUAUGACAGAAGCUACAUUUUCCCUAGCUGCAAAGUCACUCUCACCAACACCAUGUCUCUCGUGGCACUUAGCUCGUGUGGGCAUGUUUUCUGCAAGAAGUGUGGUGAGAAGUUUAUGCCUGUCGACAAAGUCUGUCUCGUGUGUGACAAGCCUUGCAAGGACAGGAACUUGGUUGGGUUAAAGAAAGGAGGCACGGGUUUUGCUGAGCACGAUGAUCAUCUGGAGGCUAAGGAGUACAAGCAUUUGGGUAGUGGCUCUGGUUUAGGGCUUGUGAGGCCGGUUAAGACAUAA